UGAAAGAACAAAAAUUCCACACUUGCCAUCUUCUUCGUUCAUAAACCCUACUCCUGUAUUCCAAACUCAACGCGGCCACACACUCACCAUCAAAAUUUGGCGCCAACUUCUCUCUUAUACGAAGCCGUUACUUGCAACUACCGCCACGGCGCCGUCACAGCAUUAUUUGAAACAGUUGUGAUUGUGAACAAAAUCUCAAAUUGAGAGGAACCCAUGAAAGGAGGAAGGAAGAAUUUGAAGAGGGCUGCUGAAGAUCAAAUUUUGACACUUCAAGAUGGUCAAAAUAUUAUGCAAGUUGUGUCUCUCAGGGGUUCAAAUCUAAUUGAGGUAAUGGAUGCUCAAGGUGAAAAAUCACUGGCUCUAUUUCCAGCCAAGUUUCAAAAGAGCAUGUGGAUAAAACGAGGGAGUUUUGUUGUGGUUGAUGAAAGUGGAAAGGAAAAGGCUCUCAGAGAUGGUAGCAAAGUGGCAUGUAUUGUUACUCAAGUUCUUUUCUACGAACAAGUUCGAGCUCUUCAAAAAUCGUCAGAGUGGCCAGAAAUUUUCAGAUCAACAAAUUCACUUGAUCCUAAUGGAAGUUCAGGAAGAUACACCUCUUGUAACGAAGAAAAUAAUCAGCCAGAAUUGGGUGAUAAUGAUGACAAUGACUAUGAAGACGACGACGAUGGACUCCCUCCAUUAGAGGCGAACACCAACCGAGUCAAGCCAUUGGAGUUGCAGACAGAAUUGGAAUCAGAUUCAGGAUCAGAUACAGAUUCUUAAGUUAUAAAUUUUGGUGAUGUAAGUUUUUGUGCCACAAAUUUCAAAGAUUUGAAAUGAAGCACAACCCAGCAAGCAGUAAAGGGUUCAUUCA